UGUACCUCAGAGUACAUUGGUACUCUGGGGUCUGCGUUGGCAUCCUCUUCUGGCAACCCCAAUGGAGAGUACUGUGGGAAGACUUGUUUGGAAGAGCGUGUCAGUUUAUCAAGGCAGCCAAAAGAAAAUGGAUCUAUCGUUGCUUGUGGACAUAGAUGGAAAAAUAUCUUUUACAUAAAAAAUGAACACAAACUCCCAUAUGGUAUUUGUUUUGCUGUCCCUUCUGAUUUUCGAACUGAACUGAGCAGAAGAAUAUGCCCAUGUUAUAAAGAUCAUGUGCGAAAGUUGGGAGAAGACCAUGGGUCGUGCCAGGCUGGAAUGUCUAGUUUUUACAUUGAGGACUUAAUUAUAAUGGGAGCCCCUGGAUCAUUUUAUUGGACUGGUUCUGUUUUUAUAUACAACACAACUGCAAAUAAAAUCCAUGGUUAUACAGAUUCAAAUAACCAAGUGAAAUUUGGCAGCUAUCUAGGAUACUCUGUUGGGGCUGGACAUUUUCUGACAUCAACCAGUACAGAAGUAAUUGGAGGGGCUCCCCAACAGGAACAGACUGGUAAAGCAUAUAUUUUUAGCAUUGAGGAGGACCUAAAUAUUCUGUUUGAACUGAGGGGUAAAAAGCUAGGUUCUUACUUUGGAGCUUCAGUUUGUGCUGUGGACCUGAAUUCAGAUGGUCUGUCAGACUUGCUGGUCGGUGCUCCAAUGCAAAGUACCAUCAGAGAAGAGGGAAGAGUUUAUGUCUAUAUCAAUUCCGGUUCUGAGGCAAAGAUGGUAGAACUGAACAUAGAGCUCAGUGGGAGUGACUCAUAUGCAGCCAGGUUUGGAGAGUCUAUAGCCAAUCUAGGAGACAUCGAUAAUGAUGGCUUUGAAGAUGUAGCAAUUGGGGCUCCACAAGAAGAUGACCUAAAAGGGGUUAUUUAUAUAUACAAUGGCAGGGAAGAUGGAAUAACGCCAUCAUUUUCACAGAGAAUUCAAGGACAUCAACUCAGCAAUUCUUUAAGCAUGUUUGGACAAUCCAUAGCUAGUGGAAUUGAUGUCGAUAACAAUGGUUAUCAAGAUGUAGCAAUUGGUGCAUUUCUCUCAGAUUCUGCUGUGGUGCUGAGAACAAAACCAGUGGUAAUUGUUGAAGCUUCUUUAAAACAUCCUGAUUCAAUAAAUCGAACUAAUUUAAACUGCAUGGAAAAUGACCAGCCUUCAGUCUGUAUGAAUUUGAAGAUAUGCUUUACCUAUACAGGACGAGAAGUACCUGGAUAUAUUGUACUGCUUUAUAAUCUGAGUGUUGAUGUGAACAGAAGAGUAGAUACACAAGCAAGAUUUUAUUUUUCCUCUAAUGGAACAUCUGAUACAAUCUCAGGAAAUGUAAAGAUUUACAGCAAGAAUACUGCCUGCAAAGAUCAUCCAGCAUUCAUGAGGAAAGAUGUAAGGGAUAUCUUGACUCCUGUACAUGUUGAAGCAAGUUAUCAGCUGGGGCAUCGUAUUCUACAGAAGAGAAAUGAUCAAGAAUUUUCACUACUUCAACCUGUUCUUCAACAGAGGAAAGAAAAAGAUGUUAUAAAAAGCAAGUUUGUUUUUGCAAGAUUUUGCUCCCAAGAAAAUUGUUCUGCUGACUUGAGAGUUUCUGGAAAAAUUGCUUUUCCAAAGCCUCAUGAUAAGAAAACUUAUCUUGCUGUUGGAAGUAUGAAGACGUUGUUGUUGAACAUUUCUCUGCUCAAUGCUGGAGAUGAUGCGUAUGAAACUGUCCUCCACAUUCAAAUCCCUAAAGGUCUUUAUUUCAUCCGAAUUUUAGAAUUGGAAGAAGAACAGAUAUAUUGUGACGUAUUAGAUAAAGAAAUUCAUACAGUGAAACUUGAGUGCAGCGUUGGUUGUUUAUAUGUAGAUCAAAAAUCAAAGCUGGAUUUUAGCUUUCUCCUGGAUGCAAGUUCGUUUGCCAGAGCAGAAGAUGACCUCAACAUCAUCGUAAAUGCUACCUGUAAAAAUGAAGAUGGGAGCAUGUUGCUGGAUAACACACUAACUUUAGCUGUACCUCUAAAAUAUGAGACUGAGUUAAAUGCUCAUGGAUUUGUAUCACCAGCUUCGUUUAUUUAUGGAACAGAUGAGAAAGAUUCCCCAGUUACAUGUCUGAAGGAGAGUAUCAACUUCACAUUCCAUGUUAUCAGUGCAGGACCAAGCAUGGCUCCAAAUACAACCUUAGAAAUAAUGAUACCUAAUGCUUUUCCACCCAAUAACUUCAGAUUAUUCAACACACUGGAUAUCAAGACAACAGUUGGAGAGUGCUCCUAUAAUAAAUAUCCCAGACACUGUAGCGCGGCAGAAAAAAAUGAAAACAUACUGAAGGAUGUUGUCACUUUCUUUUCAAAGCCUGCUAAGAGACAAAUGUACUGCAUGAAAAAUGACAACUUUUGCUUACAAAUAUAUUGCAAGCUUGGAAACAUGGAAAGUGGAAAAGAAGCAACUGUUCAGUUGCAUCUGGAGGCUACUCCUUCACUUUUAGAAAUGGAUGAUGCAUCAGCAUUGAAGUUUGAAGUAAGAGCAACAGCCUCACCAGAAAAAAAUGCAAAAGUUAUUGAACUACACGAGGACAAGCAAGUUGCAUAUGUCUAUUUGGAAGGAGUGCACAACCAAAAGCCCAAAUACCAUGUUACUGUGCUAAUAAUUGGAACAGGCUUAAUAGUUGGUGUUGCCUUGUUUAUGCUUCUUUCAUUUAUAUUAUGGAAGGUUGGCUUUUUCAAAAGGCAAUACAAACAAGUCCCUCAAGACAAGAACAGAAGAGACAGCUGGAGUUUUACAAGUGGGAACAAAGAUGGCUAA